CUUCAUUUACCGCCAUGGGUCGCGGCAUCCUUUUGACUUCAAAUCUUCCUCAGCUGCAGAAUCUCAUCAAGCGCGACCCAACUGCAUACAAGGAAGAAUUUCUGCAGCAAUGGAACCAUUACAACAGUAUUCGCCAGAUUUUCCAAGCAAAUCCAAGUGAACACGCCCAGCAAUUCAGAGAGCUCGUCACAUUUAUUGCUCAGGUCGCGCCCUGUUACCCCAAGGAAACAACGGAAUUUCCGUCUCACCUUUCUACAUUGCUGCUGGAAAACUAUGCAACCUUGUCGCCGGAUACAAGGAAGGCUCUCGUUCAAAAUCUUGUUAUGCUCCGCAAUAAAAAUGUCAUAACGUCCAUCGAGCUUCUAAAGACCCUCUUUCCCCUUUUACCUCGCACCACUUCGUCUGCACUGCGCUCUUCCAUCCGAAAAACUAUCCUUUCUGAUAUACGUACUGCGAACAUCCAUUCAACAAACCACAAACUCAACCGUGCCGUUCAAGCGAUGCUCUUUGGAAUGGUUGAACGAGGAAUGGAUGGUCAAAUUCUCGGCGACAAAGGUAAAUUGAGAGCCUCCACUUCACAGUCUGCUUCCCCGACCAACGGCCAUGAUGCAAUGUGGGCCAUCAUCCUCACCAAAGAACUCUGGAGGAAAGGCAUCUGGACUGAUGUUAAACCUGUCUCCAUCGUUGCACUUGGCUGCUUCCACCCUGUCGUUAAGGUGCAGAGUGCAUCUAUCCACUUCUUUCUAGGCAGCGAUGAAGAAAAAGAGGACAGUGACGACGAGGAAGAAGAGACCGUAGAUGUCCGCUCUCUUCAUCAUCGCCGAGAAAUUAACAAAAAGACAAGAAGCGGCGACAAGAAGCUUCAGAAGAAGCUAAACAGCGCGAAAAAGAAACAACAAAAUGGAAAAGGCGACGCAAACCCCAACUUUCCUGCUCUCCAACUCCUCAAUGACCCUCAAACAUUUGCCGAGAAACUCUAUGACAUCCUUAACCACUACGAAAAACGGUUUUCGCUAGACCACAAGAUCCUCAUCAUGCAACUCCUCUCCCGUGUCAUGGGCUCGCACAAACUUUGCGUGCUCGGAUUCUAUACGUACAUUGUCAAAUACCUUACUCACCACCAACUGCGCGUCCCAGCCAUCCUUGUCAGCUUAGCUCAGUCUGUGCACGAACUAACACCCCCGGACGCACUAACACCCAUCAUUCAAAAACUUGCUCACGAAUUCGUUCACCCGGGUGUGGCCAGCGAGGUCAUUGCCGCUGGGUUGAAUGCCAUACGCGAAGUAUGUAGACGGCAGCCAUGGGCGAUGGAAGAAGAUAUGCUGGGGGAUUUAGUUGAGUACAGGAAAAGUAAGGACAAGGCCGUGAUAGCUGCCGCAAGGGGUCUUCUUCAGCUCUAUCGUGACGUCAAUCCGGGAAUGUUGAAGCGUAGAGAACGGGGCAAAGAAGCUAGCAUGGGUAUGGCUUCGGGUACACAGCCUUUACCCUUCGGACAUAGUGCAGACGCUGCUGUGGAUAUCGAGGGGCUUUCGUUGUUGGAAGACCAUUUCAAUAAGCUCCGGCAAGAAGAAGACGUGGAUAUUGAUGAUGCAGGCGAUGCUGGUUGGGAGAACUGGGAUGUCGAGUCCGACUCAUCGGAUUCCUCAUCGGAAUCUGAAGGGUGGAUAGAUGUGGAUGAUGCCGAUGACCAACUGGUCAUUAGUGAUAGCGAAGAUGAGGCUGAGAAGAAGGACGGGGAGAACGCAAAACCUGAAGACAAGAAUUCUGAAGAUCUGGCAGCACGGGUCUCCACACUGGCGACUACCAAGAUUCUAACACCUGCGGAUUUCUCUCUUUUAAACGAUCUUCGAAUACAGGCGGCUACACAAGCUGUGGAAGCGGGUGGCGGCUCCAAAGCCAAGCGGAAAUUAGCUGCGCUUGAGGGGAACAAAAAGGCCAUGCAGGGCACGCAAGAGGACACAUUCAUAUCAGAGAACGACAUUCUCGGCCCACGCAAGAAGGCAAAAGCUGAUUACGCAGAGCGGAUGGCGUCAAUAGCGAAGGGGCGUGAAGGACGGGACAAAUUUGGUUCACACAAAGGGAAGAAGAACAAGGACACCCCGAGCAGCUCGACGAAUCGUGAAAAGACUAGAAAUAAGCCGAUCAUGAUGAUCUUGAGCAGCGGGGCCGUGAGAGGAAAGAAGAAAGCUUCAUUGAGAGAGAAGCAGCAGAAGUUGAGGGCUCAUAUCGAAAAAUCGAAAAAAGCUCGUCGGUAG